CCCCUCUACCCCCGCGGCACCCCAAAUUUCCCCGGGCGUAAAGGGCCGCUGGUGCUGAGGGGAGGCGGCCGAAGCCGCCACAGCCAGGAAAAUGCUGGGCAUGUACGUGCCGGACAGGUUCUCCCUGAAGUCGUCCCGGGUGCAGGACGGGAUGGGGCUCUACACGGCCCGCCGAGUGAGAAAGGGUGAAAAGUUUGGACCAUUUGCAGGAGAGAAGAGAAUGCCCGAAGAUUUGGAUGAAAAUAUGGAUUACAGGCUCAUGUGGGAGGUUCGUGGGAGUAAGGGAGAAGUUCUGUACAUUUUGGAUGCUACCAACCCACGGCACUCCAACUGGCUUCGCUUUGUCCAUGAGGCACCGUCUCAAGAGCAGAAGAACUUGGCUGCCAUUCAAGAAGGAGAAAACAUUUUCUAUUUGGCAGUUGAAGAUAUAGAAACAGACACAGAGCUUCUGAUUGGCUACCUGGACAGUGACAUGGAGGCGGAUGAAGAACAGCAGAUGACAGUGAUCCGAGAAGGGGAAGUGGAAAAUCCUAAACGACAAUCAGUAGCUGGCAGAAAAGAUGGCCUGGACUCUACAGAUGACUAUACCUGUCCUCAUUGCGAAUCAAGCUUUACCAGUGAGGACAUUCUCACUGAGCAUCUUCAGACAUUGCACCAGAAGCCCUCGGAGGAGAAAGAGUAUAAGUGCAAGAAUUGUGGGAAGAAGUUCCCAGUAAAGCAGGCUUUGCAAAGACACAUUCUUCACUGCACAGCGAAAAGCAGCCUGAAGGAUUCCUCACGAAGUUUUCAGUGUUCAGUUUGCAAUUCCUCCUUCAGUUCAGCGUCGAGUUUUGAGCAGCACCAGGAAACAUGCCGGGGGGAUGCCAGGUUUGUGUGCAAGGCUGACAGCUGUGGGAAGAGGCUGAAGAGCAAAGAUGCCCUGAAGAGACACCAGGAAAACGUCCAUACCGGUGAUCCAAAGAAAAAGCUCGUAUGUUCAGUGUGCAAUAAAAAGUGUUCUUCAGCAUCUAGCCUACAGGAACAUAGAAAGACUCAUGAAAUAUUUGAUUGUCAAGAAUGUAGGAAAAAAUUUAUUUCAGCUAAUCAGCUAAAACGCCACAUGAUCACUCACUCAGAAAAGCGACCCUAUAAUUGCGACAUCUGUAAUAAGUCUUUCAAGAGGCUGGAUCAAGUGGGUGCUCACAAGGUUAUACACAGCGAGGAUAAACCCUACACCUGCAAACUCUGUGGGAAGGGGUUUGCCCACAGAAAUGUUUACAAGAAUCACAAGAAGACCCACUCUGAAGAGAGACCUUUCCAGUGUGAAGAAUGUAAAGCUUUGUUCCGGACUCCAUUUUCCUUGCAGAGACACCUGCUAAUACACAACAGUGAGAGGACGUUCAAGUGCCCUCACUGUGAUGCCACCUUUAAAAGGAAGGAUACGUUAAAUGUCCAUGUUCAGGUGGUCCAUGAAAGACAUAAGAAAUACAGAUGUGAACUGUGCAAUAAGGCAUUUGUUACACCUUCAGUGCUUAGAAGUCAUAAGAAAACACACACAGGAGAAAAGGAGAAAGUCUGCCCGUAUUGUGGCCAGAAAUUUGCCAGCAGCGGUACACUGAGAGUUCACAUUCGGAGCCACACAGGUGAGCGUCCGUAUCAGUGCCCUUACUGUGAAAAAGGAUUCAGUAAAAAUGAUGGACUGAAGAUGCAUAUUCGUACCCACACCAGGGAGAAGCCGUACAAGUGCUCAGACUGCAGCAAAGCCUUCAGCCAGAAGCGAGGCCUCGAUGAGCACAAGAGGACCCACACUGGAGAAAAGCCUUUCCAGUGUGAUGUCUGUGACUUGGCCUUCAGCCUGAAGAAAAUGCUGAUCCGACACAAGAUGACUCAUAAUCCCAAUCGCCCACUGGCAGAAUGCCAGUUUUGCCAUAAGAAGUUUACAAGGAAUGACUACCUCAAAGUGCACAUGGACAAUAUCCAUGGUGUAGCUGACAGCUAAUGGUAGCUGUAAAGGAAUUAAACCAUUCAGAAGGGCUCUUAAUAAGAAUCCCAGGUUUUCUCACCUGAACAGCAUAGCAGAAAUAACCAAGAGUAACUUACCACUCUCUCAGUUCUAUUCGCUUACUUUUAGAUUUGUAGAGGCAUAAUUAAAAACAAAACAAAAUAAAAAUCUUACUUUUGUUAUGAAAUGGUACCAAUAAGCAGGGAAUAACCCUCUAUAAAUUACAAAGUGCUACUUGUCUUUUAAAAGUGGAGAAAGGGAGUUGUAGCUUUCUGUCUUGAACAUCUGCCGGUAUCGAAGGUUAUUAACAUGCUUCCUCACCAAGCCUUUUUA